AUGCAGCCCCGCCGAGUCCGGAAUCUCACCACCUUGUUCCAACGCCACCAACCUUGCUAUCUCCGGCUCUUCGUUUCACUUCUCACAAUUCGUCAUUCCUCAAAUCACCUCCUCAUCUCGUACUCAUCUAUAAUGGACGUGGUGUCUUCCAAAACGCUUCCCAUCGAACUCAGCUACGUCCAAUAUGAGCAUAAAUUCGAGGCUCAAUACCUUCCUGCUAUCCGCUCUCUCAUCUCCAAGGACCUCAGCGAGCCUUACAGUAUCUAUGUGUACCGAUACUUUCUUUGUCAGUGGGCGCACCUGUGCUUCAUGGCACUCAACCUCCAAGACGGCUCUCUAAUUGGCGUCAUCAUUUGCAAACUUGAAGUUCACGCUUGUCACUCAACCCCUACGCGGCGUGGCUACAUUGCGAUGCUUGCGGUAACGUCUCCGUACCGAGGACAUGGCGUAGCUACGUCCCUUGUCAAACGUGCCAUCGAUGCAAUGGUCAAACGCAACGCGGAUGAAAUUGUACUGGAAACCGAGGAGACAAAUGUGCCAGCCAUGCGACUCUACGAGCAGCUUGGCUUUCUUCGGUCAAAAAAGCUUCAUCGCUACUACCUCAAUGGAAACAGCGCUUACCGGCUGGUGCUACCUCUGAGAACCGUCGACCCGGACGAGACACUCAUCGGGGAUUUCUAG